UAUUGCCAGCUGUUGCCAGUGCGCUCGCUGCCGUCAUAGGCAGUGUGCAGUUAGGUUUAAUUUGAGAUCAUUCUUCCUGUACUUUGUAAACAGUAUACAUUUAAUGACUUAACACUGACCUUUUCUAUGUAUUCACAUGUUUAUAAGAAACGUUUUAAUAGAGAAAAUCUAAAUCGAAUUACAAGUCGUUGUAUUAGAAUCAGUACGUGAUUAUAGGUUAGAAUUAAUAAAAAUUAAACAAUGUCGACAACAUCGUCAGAAAAGGACCUCGAUUUAGCUAAUGCUGACCGCGGCGUUUGGCUUGUAAAAGUUCCAAAAUAUAUUGCUAAUAGAUGGGAAAAAGCCCCGGGCAGUAUUGAAGUAGCUAAACUUAGAAUUACAAAACAUUAUAAACAAAAAGCAGAAGUUACUUUGAGGCUUUCUGAAGCUGUUUUGGCCUUAAGAGAAGCUGGUGAGCAAGAUAUUCCACAGCAACAUAAGCUUGAUGUUACAACUGUGAUACACCAAACUUUAGGAGUCUUUUCUCAUACUGCACCUGUGGGUAGUUCAGAUGCAGUUGUACCUGAUACAGAAAAAUUAUCCAUGGAAGGAAAAAUUGUACAAAAAUUAGAAUGUCGUCCUCAUGCUGAUAAUACCUAUAUGAAACUUAAACUUGAAAGUAUCAAGAAGGCUUCAAUUCCUCAAAGAUCAGUGCAACAAUUGGACAGAGCAGUACAUAAUUUCAAACCUGUUUCUGAUCACAAACAUAAUAUGGAGUAUGCUGAGAAAAAGAAAGCAGAGGGCAAAAAGAUGCGCGAUGACAAAGAUGUAGUUCAAAAUAUGCUAUUUACAGCUUUUGAAAAGCAUCAGUAUUAUAAUAUCAAAGAUCUUGUCAAGAUAACAAGACAACCUGUUGUGUAUUUGAAAGAGAUAUUGAAUGAAGUAUGUAACUAUAACUUAAAAAACCCUCAUAGAAACAUGUGGGAAUUGAAACCAGAAUACAGGCAUUACAAAGAAGAAAAAUCUGUUAAUGCUGACAACUUAAAAAAUAAUGAUUCUGACUGAAUUUAGCUUUAAAGAAAGUGUGAAUAUAAUUUUAUAAGUAAAUAAAUUUAUUGACUCAUUGAAUAAUAAGUGCAGUUAAAUUUUAAUUAUAUCAAUAUUCUUUGGCUAUUACAAACACAACAUGACUAUGAAAGUAUA